AUGAUCUCCGCGCUGCGCAAACGGUUAUCGUGGCCUUGGUACGGCCAAGGCGAGAAAAGCACGCCCGAUCACCAGAACCAGGACUCUCCCCAUCCGCACAUACCGAACGAGCGGUCCAUCCGGAUCCUCACGCUGUACCCAGGCGCUCCCAGCGACCCUCUUUCGGGGCGUCUAGAGACUGUCAGCAUCGACAGCGGCGCGGGGCAGUACGAGGCCAUCUCAUACGUCUGGGGCGACCCGUCCAAGACGCACAACAUGGUGUGCAACGGAGCCGAUUUGGCGAUCACGGAGAGCAUCUACGGGGCGCUGAAGCGGCUGCGGCUCCGGCACGCGCCGAGACGGCUCUGGGCGGACCAGAUCUGCAUCGACCAGGACAAUGCCGCCGAGAAGAACAUGCAGAUCCCCCUGAUGAACCUGAUCUACCGUAACGCGGGGCGCGUGUUGGUCUGGCUCGGAUAUGACGAGCACGGCGUGGCCGCGACGGCGUUCGACUUCGUGGCCGACUUGGCCGCAACGUUUGCCGAUGAGGAACGACGGGCGGCUUUCGAUCGCGGCCAUUCCGAUAGUCUCGGUCGUCGCCCCGAGUCGAAGGAUGUAUGGGCCCCUCUGAGGACGCUAACCGGACUGCCAUGGUUCACUCGGGCGUGGGUGGUGCAGGAAAUCGGCACGCGGGCGCCGGCGACGCUCUUCUGGGGCGACGCGCACAUCGACUGGGAAGUGCUGUUCGCGGUCUGCCACGCGCUGACCGAUUACCACCACCUGCGCGCGCACGUCGACGUCCAGACGCCCAAGAUCAAGUACCUGUACCGGCGCUUCAUCGAGCCGCCGCCGGCCUCGCGCCACGCCAACCGCUUCAGCUUCCUGUACGAGCUGCACCGCGCCCGGCACCUGGUGGCCACGGACCCGCGCGACAAGGUCUUUGCCAUGCUGGGCCACUACUCGAUCCGCCACAGCGCGAAUAAGGAACUCAGGUCGUUGAGGCCGGACUACAAUCAACGGGUCGAAGAUAUCUACACCGAUGUGGCGACGAGGGCGCUGCUCGGCGACGACACUUCUCUCUUGACGCUGGCCUCGGUCCAGCAUGACAGCCUUCCAUCCGGAUCAAACGCAGCGACAGAACCGACUACUAGUAGUACCAGCUUGGACUAUUCUUCGUCAUUCUCGCCCAACAAGCUCCCCUCGUGGGUGCCCGACUGGCGCCUUUACCAAUCGCACAUCCUCUCCGAGCCUACAAGCCCGCACCGCGCCAGCGGUAACCUCCGCGCAAAACUCGAAGUCGACGACUUGUUGGCAUCCAAGGCGCUUCUCCGCAUCCGGGGGGUCAUGGUCGACCGGGUGGCCGCGUGCUCAGCGCCCUUCCGCCCGCGCGAGUUUCAUAUCCACGGCGCCGAGCCGUCCGCCGCCAUCGAGAGCAUCUGGCGCGACUUGUGCUGCCAGGCCGAUAAUAACGGCCACGACGAGGAAGAACGAGAGAGCGGCGAGAACAUCAACAGCCUAGUCUUCGCCUACCUCCAGACGCUCAGCAAUGCCUGCGUCGCCGUGGCGUGGCAGGACGGCGGCCAGCCCUAUGCGUCGGUGCCCAAGCGGCAGUGGCUGUCCCAUGGCGCGGCAUACCUCGUCCGCGCGUCCGGGCGGUCGUGUGCCGUCUCGGAGGAGCUGAAGCGCCUGGCCGAGUGCGGCGACGCAGCCAAGUGGGCGCGCUCUGCCAACGGAGCGUCGCGCAACCGGCGUUUUGCGAGGACGAGCGGCGGGUAUUUCGUGCUGGGCCCAAAGGUCAUGGAGCCCGGCGAUGUGGUGUGCGUCCUGUACGGGGGCAAUAUGCCGUUCUGCUUGCGGCCCUGGGGAGACAAGUAUCUGCUUGUCGGAGAGUGCUACGUGCAUGGGGUCAUGAACGGAGAGGUGGUGGAAGCAGAAAGCGUCAACGAGCAGGUGUUUGAGCUUGUCUAG